AUGAUGUCGCGCUUGGUUCUGCAGGUUCGUCCCGGCAGUGUUGCCAUCCAUCGCUGGUGUCUCCCCUCAAAUCGCCCAUCCAAGUUGCCUCUAGUACUGUUUUCUCGAAGUUUCUCCCAACAGCGCAGCAAAGUUCCUGCUUCCCAAGUUCCCAAAUUAUGGGCCCAAGCUCAGGCCGUCUGCUUUGAUGUGGACUGCACCAUUACCAAGCAAGACGCUCUCGAUGACUUGGCCAACUUUUUAGGAAAGGGCCAGCAAGUGCAAGACCUUACAAAUGCCGCCAUGAAUGGAGACAUGGAUCUCGCCGAAGCCCUCCAAAAGCGCCUCGACAUUAUGGAACCCACCGUCGACAAAUUGACGGCCUACGUGCAGUCCAAUCCAGCAGCACCCCGAUUGGUUCCGGGCAUUCAAUCUCUCAUUCAAGAACUGCAGGCUCGAAAUGUGGAUGUCUUUUUGAUCAGUGGUGGAUUCCGAGAGCUCAUUCUCCCCGUGGCGGAUCUACUCAAGAUUCCCCGUGAUCACAUUUAUGCCAAUCGGUUCGUCUACAUGUCCGACGAUGCUCGAUUGGAUGGUACUGGCACCACAGAGUCCGUCUCGCAACUCAUUCGCGUUACUGGCUUUGAUCCUUCCCAAGUCACCAGUCGAGAGGGUGGCAAACCAGAAGCCAUUCGACAAAUCCGAAGCAAAAAGCCCUUGCAAACCGUCGUCAUGAUUGGAGAUGGUAUUACCGAUCUGGAAGCAGCCGAGGAAACGGGAGGUGCCGACUUGUUUAUCGGUUACGGUGGCGUCGUAGCACGGCCACGAGUGCAGGAAAAUGCCGACUGGUGGAUUACAGAUUAUCAAGAGAUAUUGGAUGCCCUGCCACGCUUCAAAGUCGCCAUGGUGGGAAGUGGAGCCUUUGCUUCGGCGGUACUUCAAAUGAUUAGUCAAAAUGCACGCGACAAGGCAAUCUUUCAAGACAUUGUCGACGUGUAUGUCUACGAAGAAGACUACCACGGGGCCAAAUUAACCUCAGCCAUCAAUCAGCAACACGAGAAUCCCAAAUACUUGCCAGGUGUGCAUUUUGGAGACAAUGUCGUGGCCAAUCCGGACUUGGAAAGUACUGUCCAGGAUGCGGACUUGAUCAUCUUUUGUGCUCCCCAUCAGUUCAUGCACUCUCUUUGCAAACAGAUACAACUGAUUGGCGUCAAACCCACCGCCAAAGCCAUUUCACUGACAAAGGGAAUCCACAUCAGUCCGGAGCAAGGUCCACAGCUCAUGUCCAGCAUGAUUCAUAGAAUGCUCAACAUUGAGUGCAGUGUCUUGAUGGGGGCCAACUUGGCAGGUGAAAUUGGCCCCAACGGUCUUUGCGAAGCAACCAUUGGCUCCCGUGUCCGGGAGCAAGGACACGUCUUUCAGGAAUUGUUCGAUACCGACUACUUUCAUGUCUCUGUCAUUCCAGAUAUUGAAGGGGCCGAGAUGGCAGGAGCACUCAAAAAUGUAGUGGCGCUGGCGGCGGGAUUUGCAGACGGGUGUGAUCUGGGACAGAAUGCCAAAGCCGUGGUCCUUCGACAGGGUUUGAGCGAAAUGAGACAAUUUGCGAAGGCCAUGUAUCCCAACACUGUGCGGGACGAAACAUUCUUUGAAUCUUGUGGGGUAGCAGAUCUUAUUGCGACUUGCUAUGGGGGCAGAAACCAUCGUGUCGCGCAAGAGUUUGCCAAGCAAAGGGGCAGAACGAGCUUUUCUCAACUGGAAACCGAUCUACUGAACGGCCAGAAGCUGCAGGGAGUGCUUACCAGCGAGGAGGUCCAAUCUGUUUUGAGCAGCAAGGGGUGGCAAAACCAAUAUCCCCUCUUCUCGACAGUUAAUGCUAUUGUCCGGGGUCGUCUGGAACCAAAGGACAUUAGUAGAUUUCGAGAGCUUCCGGGUUUGUCAUUGGAGUCGGGUGGAGAGGAGCCUUCAUUGCUAGAAAAGACUAUUGGGUUCUAA